AUGUCCAAUUUCAAGACACUUAUGAAAAUGCCUCAAUCAAAACUGGCUUCUAAAUGUUUGGCUCUCGAAGAAUUACUGUAAAGGUAUUAUGAAUUUGAAACAGCUCAUUAUGAUUUAUAAAGCAAAUAUCAGAUCUUAUUAGACAAAUAUGAGAGCAUUUGCAAGAAAACUUCUCAAUUAAAUGACCUUCAUACGACAGCAAGCUAAUCAAAUAAAAAGGACAGGUCAGAGAUUGAAAUUGGAGACAGAAUUAGAGAUCUAUGCUUUGGAAGAUGUAGAAACUAAACAAUUUAUAAUAAGUCUUUAAGAUUAAAAUCUGAGAAUGCAAGAAUAGUUAUAAUAGAGCCAAAUUGA